AUGUCAUCUUCCUUUUCGUCAGGUUCGACGGACACCUUAGAAGCCGUAAAAUAUUUUAUAAACACGGUGGUAGCCGCAACACAACUAGUUCUGGAAGAAAAGGAGGAGGAGGUUUCGUCACAACCACGAAACAGGAACCCGGCCAUCGACCGAGACCGAGAAAGUGCUCACGAAAUAUUAGUCACCGAUUACUUUGCCGACGAACCGUUGUACUCGGAGAGUAUUUUUAGACGCCGUUUCAGAAUGAGUCGUCGACUGUUCUCACGUAUAGCCGACGAUUUAGCCGCUUAUGACCCGUUUUUUACAUUGCGAUACGAUGCUAGAGGCAAAAGGGGCUUCACCACCUUACAGAAAUGCACUGCGGCGAUUCGUUAA